CACUGAAAAAAAGAAAAAAAGCUUACUGAUCUGUGUUUUAUUGGACUGGAUAGGCUGGCCUACACGAGCUCAGAGGAAAGCACCUUUCUUUACAAGAAAGAAGCAAGAAAUAUCAGCUGACUACAGCAUACUACAAAGAGCUGCCUUUAAAAAGAAGGCAAUAUGACAACUACAGAUGCUGAUAACUUUUAUAACUUCUCAGACAUUGAUCCCAAUGAAACUGGAAGUGACAACUUUUACACAUUUACAAGAAUCUUUCUGCCCUGUAUGUAUUCAUGCGUUUUUAUCUUUGGGCUAGCAGGAAAUACUUUGGUCUUUAUCAUACUAGUAUUCUAUGAGAAACUGAAGACACUGACAGAUGUAUUUUUGCUGAACUUGGCUAUAGCUGACUGGGUCUUUCUUUGGACCCUGCCAUUCUGGGCACAUUCUGCUGCUCAGGAGUGGACUUUUGGCACUGCGGCAUGUCGUAUUAUCCGGGGCUUGUAUACUCUGAAUGUGUACACGUCAAUGUUAACUCUAACCUGUAUAACCUUCGAUCGGCUUAUUGCUAUUACUUUUGCCACCACAGCACACAGGUGUCAAAGCAAACGAAUGACAUGGGGCAAAUUAAUCUGCAUCUUGAUCUGGGUGAUUUCACUAGCCUUUGCCACACCACAGUUUAUUUUUAGUGAGGCAUUUCGUAUUGAUAAGGCAAUAUGUCAGGAAAAAUACCCAAACCAUCGCACAGAAUUUGUUCUUGAGGUAAUCCAAGUGGUCCUUGGCUAUUUUAUCCCCAUGCUAACCAUGACCAUCUGCUACUCACUAAUCAUUAAAACAUUACUGCAUGCCAGGAGUUUUCAGAAGCACAAAUCUCUGAAAACAAUAUUUUCUGUAGUUGCCACAUUCAUUCUUACUCAGUCACCCUAUACUUUCUUGAGACUGAUAAAGAUCACAGAGUGGAGCUUUAACUUGAACCGCAACUUUGAAUAUGCAAUCGUCAUAACAGAAGCUUUUGCUUAUUUCCAUGCCUGCCUCAACCCUGUCCUGUAUUUCUUCAUUGGGGUGAAAUUCAGGAAGAAUUUCCAGAAAAUUAUGAAAAAGUCAAAAUGCGUCAAAUGGCAAGUUACUGUUAGACAGGGGCAAACCACUGAAGAUGAAGGCUCAAAAACUUUUACUGCCUCAAAUAAUGCAGAUGCAACAAGCAUGUAUCCGCUAUAA